AUGAAGUACUUCCCGAUCCCGCUGGUGUUCACUUUGAUUCCGACGAUCUUGACAUCGCUCGUGGCGGGCAAAUGGAGUAUCGGUGGAUUGGUCGAUCCCCCAUGGACGUGCGACCCCAAGGAGUCGACGAUCAUGCUCAUGUACAUCGAGAGAGCGAGGAAACAGCCGUGGCUGGACGAGCUGCUGAGCCCGCUUCCCAAAGUAUUGUAUUUUGCUGGGCUCGCAGGCACCCUGUACGUCAUAUGCGCCUCGUGGUCUUGGAGGAUCACCGGGAAGAUCUUCAGGUUGUGCGUGCUGUACCCCGUCAUCGUUCUUUGCAUGGCUUGGUCUGCUCCCAUAUGGAUGAGAUCUGUAUUGGUUGGUGCUGGUCAAGCCGAUUGCCCGCUUGUUCAGGCCUUGCAGAUUGGGUUUGAAGAAAUUCAGGUGUACUUUGCGGUCCCUGCCAUUACUGUCGCGACCUUCGCGUACUUAUCCAAAGCCACUGGGAACCCAUGCUUCUACAUGUUCAAGUUCGAAUUUGUCUUGGUGUUCUUGUUGUACUGGUUCGUGCUGAGGCCGCAGGCUAUAUCGCUGAGCGAUCAGGUUGAUGAGGCGUCCGACCGCAUGAGGGUGUUCUUGGUAGUCUUCCUCAGCCUCUCGAUGGAAUUGGUCUGCAUGCCCUGGACGCGGAUGAUUGCGCGCGCCUCGAAAGGUAACCACUGGUCAACGUCAUUUCUCAUACCAUCGUUUUUCAUUGUGUUCAAGGCCUCCAUCGGAAGGAUGAUUGUGGUCGGGAUACAGCGGUGGGAGUACGUGACAACAGUUCUGGUUAUCAAUGGUGUUGGAGAGUACCUGCUCCGAAUCAACAUGAAGUUGCGCGACGAUCUUGUGUACCGGAGGCUGUUCGGGCGGUUCGUCGAGAACCCGUCGGCCCAGCUCGCCAGCGACAGGAGCAAGAACAUCCGUAUGCACACGUUUGCGUUUGAGACUCUGUGCCAGCACGUGUUCACCAUCAACGGCAUUGUCCUGGUUCUGGUCUUCGACUACUCUGGAAAGGGCGAUACCAACCCGGAUCCCAUCAAGUUGUUUCGCACGUUGGUGAUACAGGUCAUCGUGGAAGCAUUGGUCGAUUUUUCCGCGUUGCUCACCCUGAAGAAGGUGUACGGGUAUGACAUCAUGGCCAAAGCCGAUGGGCGUUCGUGGACGUGGUCGUUGCUGUUUUGUCCUUUCAUGCUGUUCUGGUCCGCGCACGCGAUGAUCGACGAGACAGCCACCUAUUGCAGGACGCCAUCAGGGCCAGAGUUCGAGCAGUACAACCUCACGUCGACCUGGAUGAGCUGCCGUGCCCUCGACAGUCUGCUGAACGCCACCGCUCUCUCGUGA